AUGAAAUUUUCUUUUCUUAAACUAAGUUUAUUUGCAACUUCAGGCCUAGCCGUUGCUUUAGAGCAUGGUUCAGAGUAUGCAAACUCAAUGGGUGAAAUUGCCAUGUUGUACCCAAGUGAUAGAGAGUGGUCUGAAGAAGCAGAAACUACAGCACCAUGUGGAUCAUAUUCUGAUAUUCAAAAUAGAACUGAUUUUCCUCUUGACAAUGGAUUUGUUGCAUUGGUUGCAAAAUCUCAAAAGGCAUGGUCGGUGUCACUCAAAAUCUCAUAUAAAAAAGACCCAACUGAGAACUCUGAUUUUGAUGAAUGGGCCAAUGGUAAUGUCACAAAUGAAAUAAGUAUAGGACAUACGUGCUUUUAUAUGCCCGAUCAACCUUCUUCAGUAAACUCCGGUGAUGUGGCCACUAUCCAAUUAGAAUAUAUGGCUUUGGAAGAUAACAAUGAUAAUGAGACUCAUUAUGCCUGUGCAGAUAUUAAAUUUGUUGAAGAUUCAGUUUUUAAGGUCACCGAAGAAGCUCUUUCUUGUUUCAAUGCCACCGAUAAUGAUUAUUAUUCUUAUUCUGAUUAUGGUGACUCAACUGUCCAGGCUGACGAAACUAGUACUACUGCAUCUUCAUCAACCUCAAAGUUGAGUACUGCCCCUUCUUCUUCUUCUUCGUCCGCAGGUGCUGUUGUCAAUGGGCUUUCAGAUAAUUCAUCCUCCCUUUUAGUGUCAUUUAUAGCUGGCAUUUUUGCCCUAGCUGGAAUUUUUUAA